CAGCCGAUCACGUCGGUCUUGCAGGAAAAGCACUUCUCACACUCUGAGGGAAGCAGCUUCCUCUUGUCCAAAGAAAGGCUCUGCAGUAUUUCGACCCCUCGAUGGAACGAUGAGUUUAUCAACCAACUGAAGGAAGCAAGGAAAUCAGACUCCGCCUACCUCGAACAGCUCAACAGGGACGAACCUGAUAAGGACUACGAGAAGCUUGACGACCUCCUGUAUCGAAAGAAUCGCCUUUGGAUCCCCGAGGCCCUGCAAACAACGGUCAUCUCCUCGGAGCACGAUACCAAGGCCGCAGGCCACAUGGGAAUGGAUAAGACCAUGGAACUGAUCACCAGAAACUUUUGGUGGCCGAAGAUGGAAGAAUCGGUCCGCGAGUACGUCCGAGGCUGUCAUGAAUGCCAACAGAACAAACCUCCCAGGCACUCCCCUCACGGCUUACUACAACCCAUGGAGCUCCAUUACGUCCCUUGGCAGUCAGUCGCGAUGGACUUCAUCACGGACCUACCCCUCUCCAACGGCUGCGACUCCAUCUGGAUGGCUCACUUUAUCCCCCUCAAGGUCAACAGAAAGAAAACAGAGGACCUCAUCAGGAUUUUUGCCCGCUCUUAUUGGCGACUACACGGAGUACCCUUGGACAUUAUUUCCGACCGCGCCCGUCAGAGGAUGAAGGAGUGGGCCGAUAAGAAACGAACGGAGGCACCGGUCUAUGAGGUGGGACAGUUGGUUAUGUUGAACGGUAAGCACAUCAAGACCAAAAGACCCUCGAAGAAGCUUGACAGGAAACUCCACGGCCCCUUCAAGAUAUUUCAGGUGAUUUCCCCUACCGCUGUCCGCCUUACCUUACCCAAAUCCUGGCGUAUCCAUGAUUCCUUCCACGUCUCUCUCCUGGAACCCUAUCGCGCUGGCAAUCAGGUAGCCCCUGACCCUGACCAGGUCCUGCGAGAGGCAGCCCCAGCAGAGUCAGAAGACUAUGAGGUUGAGAAAAUAUUGGACUCCAAAGAUAUCAAAGGGAAGGUUAAGUAUCGAGUCAAGUGGGAAGGUUGGAACAGAGCCAAUGAUCUAACAUGGGAACCAUGGGAGCACUUCCACACUGAUGGAGUCAAAGCCCAGGUCAUCGCCUUCCAUGCGCGGCACCCAGAGAAGCCUCGAGACCCCAACGUCUCAACGAAUUGA